AUGGCCAAGACUUCACAGAGGAAGCAAUGUGACUAUGCAAACCAAUCCAAACCAAAGCCUGACGUGAGCACCUCAAUCCCUUUGAGGAUGUCCAGUUACAUAUUCAAGAGGCCAGUUACUGUAAUUACAUCCCAUCUUGGCAAUGAGGUUAGAUACCAUCAAUGGGAGGAGAACCUGGACAAACCCCAGCAGUUCUGCUGGCAGAAGAGACUGCAAGGACUCCAGGCCUACAGCAAUUCAGGAGAACUUUUAAGUACUUUGGAUCUUGCCAAAGUAUUGCUAAAACUUGCACCUACUUGCAUAGGUGCAUGCCUGCCAGGGGCUCUUGCUGGUGGUCUGCACUCCAGCCCCAUGCCCACCCUUGCAGGGUCUUCAGAUUUGGCAGAGAUGAUUCCUGGGGGGUGUCAGGGUAUCUUGCAGCCCCUCUGCAAACAAUUUCUGGUUACUGAGGAAGAUAUUAGGAAACAGGAAAAGAAAGUGAAGGCAGCAAGAAAGAGACUGGCAAUAGCACUGAUUGCAGACAGACUCGCUAGUGAGGCAGAGAAAGCGAGGGGCCAGGAAGGGCGUCCUGAUAAACACUGUGAAAAAAAAGGGAAAGUGCAGAUGGAAUGA